CCCACUGAAUCAGAAGGUGGAGAGAAAGAAGCACAUUGGCAGGAGCUCUCCCCUCACGCGCUGCUGAUUGGUCAAAGGAAGAAGGGGGCGUGGCCAGCAAUGAGGAAGAAGGAGUUCUUUUCCAAACUGGGUGAAGAGGAGAGCUGGAAGAAAGAGAGAAGGUAACGCGUUGCCUGCAGUGUCGUUACUAGGAACUCGUUACUUUUAGAUGGAUGGAGCUUGAUCCUGCAUUCACUGCCAGAAGAUGUUUAACUGCAACACGUUGGCGAUCAAAGAGGAACCAGGAGAAGACCUUGACAUCACCCCAGCUGGGAGAAGCGAUGGCAGACCCUGGGGAAUUGCUGGGGAGAAGACCCCCGAGGAGGAUGCUCUUGGUCCUGAUGUAAAGCCAGAGCAAUGCAAAGAGGAACCAGGAGAAGACCUUGAUGUCACCCCGGUUGGAAGAAGCGAUGGCAGACCCUGGGGAAUUGCUGGCGAGAAGACCACCGAGGAGGACGCUCUUGGUCCCGAUGUAAAGCCAGAGCAAUGCAAAAAGGAACCAGGAGAAGACCUAGAUGUCACCCCAGCUGAGAGAAGCGAUGGCGGACCCUGGGGAAUUACUGGGGAGAAGACCCCCGAGGAGGACCCUCUUGACCCCGAUGUAAAGCCAGAGCAAUGCAAAGAGGAACCCGGAGAAGACCUUGACGUCACCCCAGCUGAGAGAAGCGAUGGCGGACGCUGGGGAAUUGCUGGGGAGAAGACCCCCGAGGAGGACGCUCUUGACCCCGAUGUAAAGAAAGAGCAAUGCAAAGAGGAACCAGGAGAAGACCUUGAUGUCAUUCCAGCUGGGAGAAGUGAUGGCGGACCCUGGGGAAUUGCUGGGGAGAAGACCCCCGAGGAGGAUGCUCUUGGUCCUGAUGUAAAGCCAGAGCAAUGCAAAGAGGAACCAGGAGAAGACCUUGAUGUCAUUCCAGCUGGGAGAAGUGAUGGCGGACCCUGGGGAAUUGCUGGGGAGAAGACCCCCGAGGAGGAUGCUCUUGGUCCUGAUGUAAAGCCAGAGCAAUGCAAAGAGGAACCAGGAGAAGACCUUGAUGUCACCCCGGCUGGAAGAAGUGAUGGCAGACCCUGGGGAAAUGAUGAGGAGAAGACUCCCAUGGAGGACGCUCUUGGCCCUGAUGUAAAGCCAGAGCAAUGCAAAAAGGAACCAGGAGAAGACCUUGACGUCACCCCGGCUGGGAGAAGCGAUGGCGGACCCUGGGGAAUUGCUGGGGAGAAGACCCCCGAGGAGGACGCUCUUGGUCCUGAUGUAAAGCCGGAUCAAUGCAAAGUAAACUCAGGAGGAGAAGCCAAUGAGGUUGAGCCAGACACCAAGCAGGGAGCACCCCUCCGGUGGGUGGUGAAGGAGGAGGGCAACGGGAGCGCAAAGGUGCUGAGUGAAAAUGAGUGGAGCCUGCUUCCUCUUCGUCCCUCUUUCUCAGGCAAAGAUGGGAGGGAGAGUGAGAACGAGGAGAAAACAUAUAAAAAAAUCAAUGCAGGAGAGAAACCGUAUAAAUGUGUGGAAUGUGGAAAGAGCUACUGUUCCAAAUGGUAUCUUAGUGAGCACAAAAAAACCCACACGGGAGAAAAACCGCAUCAUAAAUGCCUGGAGUGUGGGAAGUCCUUCACUGAGAAAGCAUACCUCAAAGUGCACAGAAGAAUCCACACAGGAGAUAAACCAUAUAAAUGCCAGGAGUGUGGAAAGAGCUUCAGGGAGAGAGGACACUUUACUGUACAUACAAGAACCCACACAGGAGAGAAACCAUAUAAAUGUGUGGAGUGCGGAGAGGACUGUGCUACGAAAUGGAAACUUAAAGUGCACAAAAGAACCCACACGGGAGAAAGCCUGCCUUAUAAAUGUGUGGAGUGUGGAAAGGAAUGCGCUACAAAAUGGAAAUUUAAUUUGCACAAAAGAAUCCACACGGGAGAAAAACCGUAUACAUGUGUGGAAUGUGGAAAGAGCUUCACUGCGAGUGCAUCCCUCAAAAAGCAUGGAAGAAUCCACACAGGAGAGAAACCAUAUAAAUGUCUGGAAUGUGGAAAGAGCUUCAGUGCGACGACGAAUCUCAAUACGCAUAAAAGGAUCCACACGAAAGAGAAACCCUAUAAAUGCCUGGAGUGUGGAAAGAGCUUCGCUGAUAGUUCACACCUGAAAGUGCACAGAAGAAUCCACACAGGAGAGAAACCAUAUAAAUGCUUGGAGUGUGGAAAGAGUUUCGUUGUGAGAGGACACCUUACUAGGCAUACAAGAAUCCACACAGGAGAGAGACCAUAUAAAUGUGCGAAGUGUGAAAAGAGCUUCAGCACCAAGAUGAAUCUCAGUGUGCAUGGAAGGACCCACACGAAAGAGAAACCAUAUGAAUGCUUGGAGUGUGGAAAGAGCUUCAGUGUGAAAGGAAACCUUACUCAACAUAAAAUAACCCACACAAGAGAGAAAACGCACAAAUGUGUGGUGUGUGGAAAGGGCUGCAGUACAAAAUGGGAACUUAAUGCCACAAAACAACCCACACGGGAGAAAAACCAUAUAAAUGUGUGAAAUGUGGAAAGAACUCCUGUUCGAGGAGGAAUCUCAGUUUGCAUGAAAGGACCCACAUGAAAGAGAAACCCUACAAAUGCUUGGAGUGCCACAAGAGCUUCCAGCAGAGCGCCCAGCUUUCUUGCCACAGGAAGAUCCACACUGGUGAGAAACUGUAUAAAUGCCGGGAGUGUGGAAAGCACAUCAGCGAUUGCAGUGCCUUCUGUUGCCAUCAGAGAACCCACACGGGUCAAAAGCCAUUCAAAUGCUUAGGAAGUGGCAAGACCUGUAGGAAUAGCGCAGAGAUUCCUUUACAUCACACAAGUAUUGACAGAAGAGUGCGUCUUUAAGGUUAAAAGACAACAAGCCAGGUAACUGAGGAGAAAUAUAUUUUGAAGGAGAAGGAAGUGGCUCAACAGAGCAGAAACAAGUUUGUUUCGGUAAGUUGUAAAAGGAUCAGCACCAAGUAUAUGUGUUUGUGUGUGUUACAGAAAACGUUAUACUGUUAAUUAUCAUGUUCAGCUGCUAAUCUAGGUCAGCAAGUAAAUUUGAGCCACACCCGAUGGGGUGUAACUGUAUGUGGUUUAGAAUACAGUUCAGCUCUAUGCUCACAACGCUUUUGCUCUGAGGAGCUUAUUCUCACAGCAUUUUGCUCAACAAUUUACGCUGCUCAUUUGAAGGAAGAUUAAGACGCCUUGUUUUUUGCGUUGUGUAUUUCUUACAAGGACGAUGUAAGUUUGUGGCACUGUUUAUUUUGUAUACAGCACUGCAAGUUUAUGUUUUAACUCUGCUGACAAGAGUAAAGUUUUCUGUUUUUUCUUCCUCCUGCUUUUGUGCAAAGUUAUUGUGCCUUUUGCAUUGGACCAAACUAAAUUCCGCUUACGUACAACAAAGUUAACUGUUUGAAAGUUAUAAAAUAACAAUGUUAUGUAUUUAAAGGAGUGAAAAACAGUUACAGUCAUAUCCAGGUGGAACUGAAGUAAUGUACUUUGUAACAGAUAAGCUUAUGUGCAGAAGAAUUCAUAAAUAAACAUUUAUUUAUUUC